AUGAAACGGCUAACUGAAAAGCUCACACGCCGUGUCGAAAUAUCUCAUGAGUCAAGAAACGUAGGGGAACGGGCAGCCCCAACAGCAGCGGAAUCAGGAAUAGCCUCCAGGCCAAAGGAAGUCGAGCAGGCUGAUAACUGUAGGCUUGAAUGUCUUCCCCCAGAGGUCCGACGUUAUAUCCUUUCGACACUGGAUCUUUCACACCUCAGCGCACUGGUCCACGCCUCUCCGACCUUUCACCAGCAAUACCUUGUCGACCGGAGGUACAUUCUCUGCAAAAGCCUUGAGACGACCAUUGGUUGUUUGACCGUGGAGGCUUAUGCUGUUCAUCGCUUAUCCGCUCCACGAAAUACCGCGGACUUCUUCGAGUGGUAUUCAGAGAAAUACUCGCAUCGUACGGUCCCAAUUAUCAACGACCUCACCGAAGGUGUAGCGUCGACCAUAGCUGGCUUUUAUAUACGUUCAGUCAAGCCCGUUGUGGAAGAGUGCGCUCGCCGGAUGUUGGAUAAUCUGGCCAAGAAUGCAGAGAAGAAUCAUGGCGACCAGCAAAGGAUUCGACCUUCUCAAACAGAGAUGAUGCGAUUGACGCGAGCUGCAUACCGUUUCCAAUUACUCUGUCAACUCACCAGCCCCGACAGGACUUUAAGGUCGUCCACAGAAGAAAACCUGCAGGCUCUCUUCAACAUCAUGGAGCCAUGGGAGGUUGAGGAGCUAUUCACUUUCUACCAGUUCGCCCUCGACGUUUACGACAAAGUCUUUACCGAAAUUUACUGGGACCUACAUCCUGACAACCCCAAGUUCGACGACCAAGGGCGACCUCCGACACCAGACGGCGCUUUCGACCUGGACAGUGGUUUACAAUAG